GGUCACAUGAUCGCCUGCCGGGUGACACCUGAUCACUACCGCAUCUCUGGACUGUAAGUGCCGUGUAUAUACUAGAAGUGUGAUGUACUGAUCUCCCGGAACUGAUUGGGGGAUAUCGGAUUGAUCAUGUGGCUUCACUCAGCUGUCUUGCUGCUGCUUCUUGGACAAUGCAUAGAAAUUUCUGCAAGAACAUUUGAAAUAGACAACAACAAGAAUUGUUUUCGCAAAGAUGGAAAGCCAUUCCGAUAUAUUUCAGGAAGCAUUCAUUAUUCACGUGUUCCACGCUUUUAUUGGCGAGAUCGCUUACUGAAAAUGAAAAUGGCAGGAUUGGAUGCAGUCUACACGUAUGUACCAUGGAACUUUCAUGAGCAAAAGCCUGGUGUCUAUAAUUUUUCUGGAGAUCAUGAUAUUGAAACAUUUUUGAAGAUGGCUAAUGAAAUUGGAUUGUUAGUGAUACUGAGAGCAGGUCCCUACAUAUGUGCAGAAUGGGAUAUGGGAGGAUUACCUCCUUGGCUUUUAACAAAGAAGUCUAUUGUUCUCCGGUCUUCUGAUCCAGAUUAUCUCCAGGCUGUGGAUAACUGGAUGAGUGUAUUCCUUCCCAAGAUAAAACCCCUUCUUUAUCAAAAUGGGGGUCCUAUUAUUACCGUGCAGGUUGAAAAUGAGUAUGGAAGCUACUUUACUUGUGAUUACAAUUAUCUUCGACAUCUGAUGAAGCUCUUCCGUCAACAUUUAGGGGAUGAAGUGAUUUUAUUUACAACGGAUGGCUCGGGUCUACCUUAUGUCAGAUGUGGAUCCAUUGAAGGCUUAUAUACAACUGUAGAUUUUGGGCCAGGAACCAAUGUAACAGCGGCCUUUGAAGUUCAGCGAUUCAGCCAACCACGUGGACCACUGAUAAAUUCAGAAUUUUAUACUGGCUGGCUGGAUCACUGGGGAGAACCACAUUCUGUUGUGGCAACAGAAAGAAUAGUGAAAACACUAACCGAAAUUCUUGAUCAUGGAGCAAGUGUCAAUAUGUAUAUGUUUAUAGGUGGAACCAAUUUUGGCUACUGGAAUGGUGCAAACACGCCAUAUGAACCACAACCCACAAGCUACGAUUAUGAUGCACCGCUAUCUGAAGCUGGAGAUCUGACAGAUAAAUAUUUUGCCAUUCGAGAAGUUAUAAAGAAGUAUAAGAAAAUCCCUGAAGGUCCUAUUCCACCAACAACACCCAAAUUUGCUUAUGGAGAAAUAAACAUGGAAAAAGUUAAAACUGUCCUGGAAGCACUUGACAUUUUGUCAUCAUAUGGACCGAUUAAAAGUACAUAUCCUUUAACAUUUGAGGAAAUUAAACAGUUCACUGGCUUUGUGUUGUACAGAACAACAUUACCCAGAAACUACAAUGAUCCUACCACACUUGCUACUUUAUUCAAUGGAGUUCGUGAUCGAGCUUAUGUCACUGUUAAUGGGAUUUUCCAGGGCAUUUUAGAGCGAGAUAAAGAGAUGUCCAUAAAUAUAUCUGGCACUCAAGGAGCUCAACUUGACUUGCUGGUGGAAAGCAUGGGUAGAGUUAACUUUGGACGAUAUAACAAUGACUUCAAGGGCUUGCUUACCAACCUGACUCUUGAUGGAGAAAUUCUGGCUAACUGGACACAGUAUCCCUUAGAUAUAGACACUGCAGUAAUCAAUGGACUUUUGCUGGAAACUUCUUCUAUGAAGACAUCAAACAGUACAUCACCAACAUUUUACAAAGGCAGCCUUUUUAUUCCCAGUGGCAUUCCAGACUUACCCCAGGAUACAUUCAUUAAAUUUCCUGGGUGGACAAAGGGACAGAUUUGGAUCAAUGGCUUCAAUCUGGGUCGCUACUGGCCGGCUAGAGGACCUCAAGUAACAUUGUACGUUCCUAUGCAUAUUUUAACAACAUCUUCAUUAAAUAAUAUCACGGUACUGGAGCUUGAACAUUCUCCUUGUGAUACUGGAAAAUGCACUGUGGAAUUUGUGGACAAACCUAUACUGUCUAAAAGUAAAACACAUUUUAAACAGGAAUAUUUAUUUACAAAGUGACAAUCCAAACAAAGGU